CCGCAGGUCCGUAACAACGAUUCCCCAAUCGCAAUCAACACCACGCCGCGACGAUUCCCCAAGGACUCGCGCUUCUUCACUCCUCGCCGCCUUCUCCUCGAUCCCGACACCACCCCCCCCCCCCUGGCGCCGGCGAAGAUGCACCUGUGGCCGUCGCUCCGGAUCCGGGACUCGUUCAAGCACGGCUACCUGCAAAAGCUGGAGUUCAACCUCGGCCACUUGAAGCGCGCGCAGCGACAGGGCCAGGACCAGGACGGCCAGCAGCGGCCGCCCGGCGACGGGAAGGCGCCGCUGCUCGAGGGCCAACCCCCGUCGGGGUCCGUCGUGGCCGGCGCGCUCGAGCUCGCCUGGGACGCCGUCUUGCUCCUCUCGUGCUGCUGCUGCUGCUUCUGCUGCGGCGCUUGUGGCGAUGAGGACGAUCACCCAACUGGUCGCUAAGAAGCACCUUCAACAGUCAGCGGCUUCAUCAGCUCUCGAAAAACCAGAAUUUUGAUGGACUAGUAGUGAAUCACUGUCAAACCAUUUUAGGCAGCUUCGUACAUAUGGAUAUUUGGUUGUUCCUUGAUGCGUCCCGUAGAUGCCGCUGACAAACAGAGGGGAAAUAUUCUUCAGUUUCUUUCUCCACGGAA